CCCGGCAGGAGGCUGCUCGUGCAGUGGAGGGAUGGACAGGCCUGGCAAGCCCGCGUCGCCAUCGCUCCCGCCACGGCCGACGAGCUGCUGUCGAUCAUGGAAGUUCAAGCGACUCCAGAUCAGAUGGCGGGCGGGAAGGUAUGGUGGUGCGGGACACCGGACGGCGACGUCUACCCGCACUGCCUAGACGUGGAGCCGCUCAGCGGAUUGAUCCUGUGCGACGACGCGGGCCGACCCGACCGAACGACCCACCUCGGCAGCCGGUUCAGCAACCGCACCCGCGUGUAUGGCUCGGACUGGACCGCCACGCCGCUGGAGUUCGGAAAGAUGAUCAAGCUGGCCCUCGGCGACCUGUGGCAGGAGCCACGGCCGGGAGCAGCGGCAGCUGGGGCUGGAGCGGCGGCGAGUCUGAUUGAGGUCGGCUCGCGGGCGCUGCCCUCGCCGUCGCCCGACGGCUGGCAGGUGGUCUGGAGCUCGGGUGGCACUCCGCGCAAGUCGCUGCUGGCCAACCUGACCGUGGACGAGUUCGCCGUCUGCGACGUGGGGGGCCUCGCGGUGAAAGGCUCGGAGGUGCUCCUGCUUCGGAGGAGUGCGGGCGUCGACGGCGACUUGGACUCCGACGCGCGCGUGCUCAGCAUCGUGCAGAAUUCGAGCGGAGAGAGGCGGCGCUCGUUCAAAGAUAGCGUGAAGGAGAUGACUGAGACGAGCUGGGCGGCCUGGCAUGAAGCGGGGGUGGGUGGUCAAGAUGUGGGCUGCCAAGACCACGAGCUGGCGAUGAGGAUAAUAGAGGUUGCAGUGGUCUACGACCAGCUCAACUUCACGGAGCUGGCGAGCUUCGAACUCUUGCUGCGGAGAGCGCAGCUUGCGGAGAUGAGGUACCAGGAGGCGGCAGCGAUGAAGGAGCGCAGGAAGUUGACGGAGGAGCGGCAGGCCAGCCGGGCCCCCGGAGGUGGGGGCGGCGGCGGGGCCUCUGCAGCCGCGACGCAGGGGCUGCAGCAGAAGGUGAAUGCGCAGGCUUCGGAGAUCGGCAGGCAGAUGGACAAGGAGCACCUCCACGCCUGGGCGCAGGAAGUUCUAGUUUCAAUUAAUGAGCUGUACGGCCACGGCACGCUGCCCGUCGACGGCAGGGUUUCGCUCGCGCAGGGGUGUGGGUUGGAGCGCUUCAGGCGCGCGGUGGAGGAUGCCGGGCCGCAGCCAGCUUGCAAUGCCGCGGCGGCCCAUCGAGAGCUGUGCGGACCUGGGAACGGCUACGUCUUCGAGCCGGAGCACAUCGCGUCCUGCGGCCGGCCCCUGGCCCCCCUGCCGAAGGGGGGCGGCCUCGCCGACGGCGGCCGCAUCCUGGAGGGAGAAGCUCUUCAACAAUGGGUAGGAUGGAGGCAGCUGUUGAAGCGACAGCCCGAGGGCGGCAGCCAGGCGCCCAAGCCUCACUAUGACGGCAAGUUCCGCUCUCGAGCAACCAAUGCCCAGUUCGUCGGCGACCUGCUGGACGCCGGCGUAGUCUCCUUGAAGCAUCCGCGCGAGGAGACCGUGGGCGCCUUCUUUGUGCACAAGUCGAAUGGUAUGCAACGUUUAAUUAUUGACCCUCGGUGUGUCAAUGAUCUGAUUGAAGCUCCAGUGCACGCGGUGCUCCCGACAGCGGGGGCCUGGUCGGCGCUGGAGGCCCCGAUGGGCCAGGAGCUGCACCUCGCCCAGGCUGGCGUGGACAGCGCGUUCUACAGGAUCGGCCUGCCCGGCGGGGCGCAGGAGAUGUUCGUCUUGAGGGCGGUCCACCUGCCCACCUUGCUGAGGCUGAGGCCAGAUCUCCGAGAUCAGCUUCCAGCGGGGGUCGAGACGUGGGCGUCACCUUGCCUUGAGGUGCUCCACAUGGGGUGGACGUGGAGUCUUUACUUUUGCCAAUGUAUGGUGAUGGCUGGUGUCCAGGCUGCCGGCUUCGCCCUGUCCGAUUCAAUCCAGGACCGCCGCGCAGCCCCGUCGGUGGCGCGCCGCAAUCGGGCGGCCGUCUACGUGGACGGGGUCGCGGUGGUGGGGCUCGAGGCCGACUUGGCGACUUCCGACUGCGAGCGCGUCGCCGCCAAGCUGGAGGCCCUGGGCUUGAAGUGCAAGAGCGUGGAGGCGGCCGGGUCGGGCGCCACCUUCACGGGCCUGAGCUUCGAGGUCUCCUCCGGCAAGAUCCGGCUCUCGCGGUCGCGGACGUGGAAGCUGAGGCUGGCGCCUCUGCACGCGGCCUCCCGAGGGUGGGCCUCGGGGGACGAGCUUCGGCACCUCCUCGGCCACUGGUGCUGGGCCGCGAUCCUUCGGCGUGAGCUGCUGGGCGUGUUCGCGCAGACGUGCAGAUUCAUCGCGCUGGCCAGCUCCAGGAGGUGGAGGCUCUGGCCACGCGUGGAGGCCGAGCUUUGGCGCGCCGCGGCCCUGGUCUGCUUCGCGUCCGUCGACGCCGAGCGCCCCUGCAGCACCGCCGUGACCGUGUCCGACGCGUCGGGGGCCAGCCCCUGGGACUUCGGCGGGCGCGGCGCGAUGGAGAUCGAUUGGGGCCUGGAGAGCGUGAGGGCCGCAGCGGGGCAGGCCGAGAAGUGGCGGUGGAGCGUCUCAGAGGCCAUCGCCGCGCGGGCGCAGACCCUCGGCCUGCCGCAGGUCGCUGGCUUCGCCAGGAGAACAUCUUGCGUGCAGAGGGGCGAGGGGUGGUACUGGGGCUCCGGCAUCGGCUACGCUCUCGGGCUUCCCAGGGAGCUCGCGCACUUGUUCCUCUGUGAUAACUGCGAUAACAUGUCCAUGGUAUUGGCCCUCAGCAAGGGCCGAGACCCACGAUCCGCGCGGUACCUUGAUGCUCACGCGGCCGACGCACUCCUCGACCAGGCGCUCGAGGGGGAGAUUGACAACCACCUCCUCCUCCAGCCGGGCGGGGCCGAGGCCGCCAGUCUCUGCGGCCUCGGGGGCACCUGGCUGGACGAGCCUGCGGCUGUCGUCGGCCGACAGCUCGCGCCAGCCGAGUCGGCCGCAGCGACGCUGGUCCAGACGCAGAGGGAGGCGGCGCUGGAGACGGCGGCAGCGGGCCUGAGCUACAUGCAGGCCUCGCGGGCGCAGCCGCAGACGGUGGCGCACUACCGGGCCGUCCUGAGCGAGUUCGAGAGGUGGGCCGAGGAGCAGGACUUCAAUCUGGAGACGCCGGAGGCGUUGGACCAGGCCCUGUCCGCCCACAUGGGCUCGCUCUUCUUCAAGGGUUACAAUCGCGAUCAGGGAGAAAAGCUGAUAGCAGCGGUCAAGUACUUCGACGUCCACGGGCAGUCUCAGUCGGUGGAGGCGCUGCCUCGGGCCCGCGCGGCCCUGAGAGGCUUCCGCAAGCGGGCCCCUGGGCAGUCUCGGGCGCCCUUGCCGCGGCCCUGCCUGGCGGCGCUGGUAGGCGCUGCGCUGUUCCUGGGGGCGCAGGAGCUGGCGAUCGCGCUGAAGGUUGCGUGGUGCGCCUACCUCCGGCCCCCCAGCGACUUGAACUCCAUGACCGGCUCUUCGCUCAUCCCACCGCAGCAGGCGACAGGGGUGGUCCACUGGGCGCUGCUCCUGUACCUUGAGGAGAAGCAGCCGAGGAGCAAGACCGGCCACUGGGACGAGGGCUGCCUGUUGGACAGCGACCAGGUGACGGCGAUGGGGCCUUUGCUGGCGGCUCUGGUGCGGCGUGCCGGGCCAAGCCGGCCGUUGUGGUCCUUCUCAGCCGUGCAAUUCCGAGUGCUGUUCCGCAAGGUGGCGCAGUUGGCUGGCCUCCCGGACUUGGGCCCCCACCUGGUGCGCCACGGGUCCGCAAGCGCCGACGCUCUCCACCAGACUCGGGACAUGCAUACCAUUCAGGAGAGGCUCAGGCACGCGCAGGAGGCAUCGACAAGACGGCACAAGAAGCACACCCGAUACCUCCGCGAGCUGGACCAGCUGGCGCCCGACACGAAGCAGCACGGCGAGUACGUGGACGCCAACUUCGGCGCCCUGCUCGCCAAGCGCAAGGCCGUGGCCGCGCCUCCCGGGGCAAAAAAGGCCGCGGCCCUCGCGGCCGGGCAGCUCUGGCGCUCAGGAGACACCCUUGGCUCCGCCCUCCAGCUGCCCGCUGCAACGGCGAGGUGCAGGCUGCGAGCUGCGUUGGACCAGGCGCUGGGCCAGCAUCCUCGGAAGGCUCAGGCAUUCCUGCAUCUCUUUGCUGGGACCGGCCGCGUCGGCAAAUGGCUGGAGAAGCUGAGCGCAUUGCCAGCGCUCCGCCUCGACGUCAAGGCCGACCCAGCCUUUGACUUGACAUCGGACGCUGCACUCAAGAUAAUUCGAG